UCACCCCCCUCUGAUAGUUUUAGCUUUUAUGGGCCAACGUUCGACGUUUAUCUGGCUGCAUUGUCUGUGAGAUAGCAGAGAAAAAGAACAAUACCGGCAGCUAUGGAAGAAAAAGGGGCGGUUAAAGAGUAUUACGGCAAGAUUCUGACCUCCACUGACGACCUGAAGACAACGGCCGUUGUUCAGUGUUCCAGAAAAACUGAGAAACUUCCCAAGUUUGUUCUGGACGCCUUGGGUCUGGUUCACGUGGACAUCUCCAGCAGAGCCUAUGGAUGUGCCACCUCUUACCCGGAAGCCCUGGAUGGGGCCCGGGUUCUAGACCUGGGUUCAGGGUGUGGUCGCGAUUGUUUUGUUCUCAGUAACCUGGUGGGCGAAUCUGGAGAAGUAGUCGGCCUUGACAUGACAGAUGAAUUGUUGAAGCUAGCAUCUGAUAAGAUCGAAUACCACACCUUGAAAUACGGCUACUCUAAACCAAAUGUGAAAUUUGUCAAAGGCUACAUGGAGAAACUUGAAGAAGCUGGACUAGAUGACAAUUACGUUGACGUCAUCGUAUCCAACUGUGUGAUUAGUUUGUGUCGUGAUAAAAAGGCUGUGCUGCGAGAAGCUUAUCGGGCUCUGAAGCCUGGAGGUGAACUGUACUUUAGUGAUAUGUACCGUGAUGGUGUCCUCCCUAGUGAUGUGUUGGAUGAUGAGAUAAUGUGGUGUGAAGGACUGAUAGGCGCCCUGACCUACAAGGAACUCCACGCCAUAGCAGAAGAGCUUGGUUUCAGCGUUCCCCGGAUUGUCAGGGCUGAUUUGAUGCCAGUUCUUGACGAGGGCAUCAAGCAAAGACUGGGAAACGUUCGUUACGCCUCAGUAAGCUACAGAUUAUUCAAGAAGUCCAACAUGGCAAACCUCUCAGUGACAUCAGAGGCUAUCUAUAAUGGCCAGAUCAAGGGCUUCGAAGAUGAGCUUAAAUUUGAUGCACUUUACACUUUCAAGGCAGGCAAGAGAGUGGCGAUAGAUGAUAUACUGGCUGAAAUCCUGACAACAUCUCGAUUCUCUAAAUACUUCGAGGUGAAGCAAGCAAAGGAAGACCCUCAAGAGUUGCCGAACCUUGAUAUCGACCCAUUUGCGUACAUCGAAAAAAGUUUAUCCAAAUCAGCUUGUUCUGGCAGCAAAUCCUGCUGUGCUUGAGAUUCACAUUACAAAUGGUUACAUCGACUGAGAAGACAGACAUCGUUUUUUUUUAAAGAUUUUUUUUUAUGUUGCGUAGGCCUAGUCAUUAGAAUUGUUUAU